AUGACUACAGAAUCUGGUUCAGACUCUGAAUCCAAAGAUCAGGAUCAAGAGCAGAAAGAAACAUCUGGUGAACAAGAAAAAGCAACCCAAGAACAGCAGUCACAGCAAGCGAAGGAAGAGCACCAGAAUGCAUUAGAACAGUUUUCCAGUGUUGCAGCCCAUAGCACUCCGGUAAAAAAGGAACAGGCCACCAACAAAGAACGUGAAGUAGCUGCUGCCGUGGCAAAGCAGCUGGAAUAUCAGCAAUUUGAAGACGACAAACUCUCCCAAAAAUCAUCCUCAAGCAAACUCUCCCCCUCUCCUUUAAAGAUUGUGAAAAAACCAAAAAAUAUGCAGUGCAAAGUAAUCCUUCUGGAUGGUUCCGAAUAUGGCUGUGAAGUAGAGAAGCGCUCAAAGGGCCAGAUUCUUUUUGACAAAGUAUGUGAGCACCUGAACCUCUUGGAAAAAGAUUAUUUUGGACUCACUUACAGAGAUAUGGAAAACCAGAAGAAUUGGUUGGAUCCAGCUAAGGAAAUUAAAAAGCAGAUCCGAAGUGGUGCUUGGCAUUUCUCGUUCAAUGUUAAAUUCUACCCUCCAGAUCCUGCCCAACUUUCUGAAGAUAUUACAAGGUAUUAUCUCUGCUUGCAGCUGCGAGAUGACAUUGUGUCUGGACGAUUGCCAUGUUCUUUUGUCACACUUGCACUAUUAGGCUCCUAUACAGUUCAGUCAGAGCUUGGAGACUAUGAUCCUGAUGAAUAUGGGAGUGACUAUGUCAGUGAAUUCCGCUUUGCACCAAAUCAUACUAAAGAACUGGAAGAUAAAGUAAUAGAGCUUCAUAAAAGCCAUAGGGGAAUGACACCUGCAGAAGCAGAGAUGCACUUUCUGGAAAAUGCCAAAAAACUGUCUAUGUAUGGAGUAGAUCUACAUCAUGCCAAGGAUUCUGAAGGAGUUGAAAUCAUGUUAGGUGUUUGUGCAAGUGGUCUCUUGAUUUAUCGAGACAGACUCAGAAUAAACAGAUUUGCUUGGCCUAAGGUUCUCAAAAUUUCAUAUAAGAGGAAUAACUUCUACAUCAAAAUACGACCAGGAGAAUUUGAGCAAUUUGAAAGUACAAUCGGAUUUAAAUUACCAAAUCAUCGUGCUGCAAAACGUCUAUGGAAAGUAUGUGUUGAACAUCAUACAUUUUUCAGACUCUUGCUACCAGAAGCUCCUCCAAAAAAAUUCCUCACACUAGGUUCUAAGUUUCGCUACAGUGGAAGGACACAAGCCCAGACAAGAAGAGCGAGUGCACUGAUUGAUCGCCCUGCACCUUACUUUGAACGUUCCUCAAGUAAACGCUACACAAUGUCUCGCAGCCUAGACGGGGCAUCAGUGAAUGAAAACCAUGAAAUGUACAUGAAGGAUUCUAUGUCUGCUGCAGAGGUUGGUACUGGCCAGUACACUACAACAAAGGGCAUCUCUCAAACAAACUUGAUAACUACCGUAACCCCAGAGAAGAAAGCAGAAGAAGAGAAAGAUGACGAAGAGCUAAAAAAGAAAGAAGAGGAAGGCACUCCAGUUUCAGCGAUACGGCACGAUACUAAGCCACUUUUGCCUGGCAUUGAUUCAUUAACCCCCUUGCCAUCCUCACCAACUGGUCCCUUUGCAUCUUCAACAGAACUCCAUAGGAGGAGGUGUAAGGAGAAUAAUAAAAAAAUAUUAGAUGGUGAAUCAUUAAAAAACACCAGUGAAAAGCACGAUGAGACAGAUUUGAACUUGAGCAGAAAAGGAAGAGCUUAUUCUAUUGAACAUGAUAUGGCAUUUAAUUAUAAGCAAAAGGCCAGAAAAGGUGGAACAUUAUUUUCCUUCUCCUUGCAACUUCCAGAAUCAUUCCCUUCUCUCCUGGAUGACGAUGGCUACUUAUCCUUUCCAAAUCUGUCUGAAACAAACAUCCUGCCACAAAGUGUGCAGCAUUUCCUUCCCAUUCGCUCACCUUCCCUCGUGCCUUGUUUCCUUUUCAUCUUUUUCUUUUUGCUUUCUGCUUCUUUCUCUGUACCCUAUGCUCUCACUCUCUCCUUUCCCUUGGCUAUGUGCCUCUGCUACCUGGAGCCCAAGGCGGCCUCCUUGACUGCUUCACUUGAAAAUGACCUGAGUGACAGUUCAGACGAAGAGACUGACAGUGAAAGGACUGACACUGCAGCAGAUGGUGAAACCACUGCCACAGAGUCAGAUCAGGAGGAAGAUGGUGAUCUCAAAGCACAGGAACUAGAUAAAACCCAGGAAGAUCUGAUAAAACACCAGACUAAUAUAAGUGAGCUGAAGCGGACAUUCUUAGAAACCACUACAGAUAUCUCAGGGACUAAUGAGUGGGAAAAGAGACUUUCAACAUCCCCAGUCCGGCUUGCUGCAAGACAUGAAGAAGCCCCUAUGAUUGAACCACUUGUGCCUGACGAGACCAAAGAAUAUAAAGAAAAAUCUGAAAAACGUAUAUUUUUACAGAAGGAAAGCACUGCCUUUCUUGAUUCUCAGGGCACUGAGGAUUGGGUUAUUGUAGACAAAGUACCGAUUGAGGUAGUUGAUGGUGAAUCGAAAACCAUUGUGACAUACAAAUUAAUGACUGUGAGCAGUAAAACUGGUGACAUCCCACCUGAGCUUUUAAAACACAGUAUCACUGACAUACAGAGCUUUGAGGACUUGGAAGGUGAAUUGCUCUCAAAAGAUGACAAUAAGCAGAAAAUGUAUACUUUAGGAAAAUCCUACGAUACUGUUUCUGGGAAAAUUGUAACCAUGACCACUAAAGUAAAAGAAGGAGAAAAAAUGCCACCAUUUCAAAACACAGAUAUGGCAAUGCCAGAAUCUGUGAAAAUCAUUCCUGUAGUAGCAGAAUAUGAAAUUCUAGAACCAGUAACUGAUGAGAACACCAGAAGAUUAUCUGAUGCCAAAAGGAGGGUCUCUGAGUCCUUGACACCAAUUAAAGAAGCAGACUCCCGACUCCAAAGUCCAGAAGAAGAAAAUGGGAAAAAAACACUAAAGGCAGAUCAAGAUUUGCAGUUGCCCGAUACGCUGGGAAGUGUACAGACAGCCAAAGCUGAAAAAUCGCUGGAGAGUGAGCAACUUGGUUGGAAAACUAAACCUGAAAGGAAACAUGGCAGACAGCCACCUUUUACCAUUGCUACUGCUCACUAUGUCACUGAGUCAUCAGCAUCAAGAGUAGUGACAAAACAACUCUCCGAUGAAAAAACUUUGGAUGGUUCUGGUAUCUUCACUUUAAUAGAAUCUGCAAGAAAACCAACUGAGUUCAUAGGAGGGGCUACAGCUACUUCACAUAGCUGGGCACAGCGAACAGAAACAAAAACUGAGGAGGAAAAGAAAGCAGAGGAGCAACAGCAGGAAACCAUCAAGAAGGUUGUGCAGGAAACUUUAAUAGUCAAGGAGAAACAUGUAAUGAGUUUGCAUGCAAGUGAGGAUGCUGCUAAAUUGGCUGGCCUUCAGCUGGAUGCUACAGCACAGACAAUAUCUCAUGUGGCUUCUAGCAUUAAAGGGAAAGAGGGCUCUGCUCUCACUGAGGGUGCUAAAGAGGAAAAAGCUGCAACCCAACAGGAAGAAACUGCUACUAUUUCUCAUGAUCUACAAGAGGAACAGAGUAAAUCAGCCCAUAUUUUGAAUACACAAGAAAGCAAACCUCUUUUUGAGUCACCCAUUGUGAAGACUGAGGCAGUCAGUUUUGACAGUGCUUCUCUGGGUGGAGAGAAAUCGGAAAUUUCUAUGAAAGAAGCACCUGUUGUCCAUACUGAAACAAAAACUAUAACAUAUGAAUCCUCUGAGGUGGAUUCUAGUGCUGACUCUGAACCAGGAGUUCUGAUGAGUGCACAGACUAUUACUUCUGAAACUACUAGUACUACAACUACUACACAUAUCACCAAAACAGUGAAAGGAGGCAUUUCAGAGACAAGAAUUGAAAAGCGAAUUGUGAUAACAGGUGAUGCAGACAUUGACCAUGAUCAGGCGCUGGCUCAGGCAAUUAAAGAGGCCAAAGAGCAGCACCCUGACAUGUCAGUGACCAAAGUAGUGGUACAUAAAGAGACAGAAAUCACACCAGAAGAUGGGGAGGAUUGAUACAGGUAAGAGGAAUAGAUUUUUUCCAGGCACUCAUAGACUGGCAUGUGACAAAGAUCAUUCCUUCUCCUUGAACCCAUCAUUAAUCGUUUCUAUUUAUUCUUUCUGGCAUUUUGUACUCUCUCUUGUACAAAAAAAAAAGAGAAUGAUUUGGCUAUUUAGGUUAACUUUAUGGAAUAGAACAUUUUUUGAUUGUGUUAAUGCCAGUUAGAGAAAUAGGAGGAACCCAUUUGCUUGUGUCUGCUUGCUGGUUGCUAUGCAUAUUCCAUGAAAUAGCUCUGUAAAUUGACAGUCCUGAAGAUUGCUUAUGCAAAGUUUGUGGGCAAAGAAAGCAUUUUCUCUAAUUGUAAAAUACUGUUCUGCCUGAGAAAGCUUGCAAGUAUGUUGAACUGAAAUACCAGUAUUUUAAGUUUUGACUGUAAAGUUGUUUGUGAAUAACCUUUUUUAAACUGUUCAUUUUUCUACGUUUCCUAAUAAGUUCUGGCAAUUUUUAUGAUUGUUUCUUAAAAGGAGACAAUAACAUGCAAUUUUUUGCUGCUGUGAUUGAAUAAAAGCAUGCCGACAAAUUCUUGCUAAAUUAGCAUUGGAGUGUUAAAUGCAGCUACUAUAUGCAUGUGCUAGAAUAUGUUUGGCAUACUAACCUGCUAUUGCAAGAUUUAGUGAUACUUGUACUCUCUACAAAAGCUGAAUUGUGUGUAAAAAAGAAGAGAUGGCUUUUAUUUUGUUUGAACUGCUUGUAUAAUCUUAAUUUCAAAGACGUUUUCCUUAUGUCCAUAUAAAUUAUGUGUUAUUACAUUAAAUAUUAGCAUUUUCAAAAAUCAGUUGCUGUUGCUUUAGCAAUAUGUGAGGAAGUUGAAAAUAAGAGACGGAACAAAGAAAGAUAAGUCUUGGAGGAAUUAUUUAUAGAAGAACAUUUGGGAAUUACAAAUACUCUAUUUAUUGUAUUUUUCGGAGUAUAAGACACACACACACACACACACACACACACAC